CGCACAGGGUGAGAGCGCGGAUACGAGGCAACGCAGGCAAAAUAUUGAAUGCGCCUUGACGAUUGUUGUGAACAUUGUUUUGCAGCUGAAUUGAUACAUCAUAUAGAAAAAGAUAUGCCUAAGCAAAGGAAAUCAAAAUCAACCCUGUCUAGGAACGGUUCGUUUACGCUAGCAACUGGUGGUGGGGCUGGUGCCCGUGCCGAGGCUCAGGAAAACGAGGAACUUCCAAUGGAGGAAGAACCAGUGGACGACGAGGAAGAACCAAUGGACGAGAGCAACACCAACAACGCAAACCCAGCUACCGGCGAGAGUCCCUACCCUGAACAUCUAUUCCGACAUUUUAUCAAAAGUGAGGGUGGAGUUCCUGAUGCGUUCAAGCACAACUGCGAUCUUCGAAUAAAACAGUAUGUUCCGAAAUUUUCUGGCUGUCAUGAUCUUGACUGCUUCCUUCAUGCCGUAGCAAGUGGCGUGGUUGUGGCUUCGAUCGACAAAUUACCGAGCGAUGGACUUCCCCAUGGAGUUUACCAAUUUCAGAUGUCAUGCAGGAAGGAGUUACCGACACCAAAUCAGACAUUUUGUCCUCCUUCUCCGCGGUGUAAGCGCCAUGAUUUGGCUUGUGAACGUUGCCAGGAUUACAGACACGAGAAGCUUAUAAAGAAUGACGAACCUUGCACUGGCAUGGUCAGAUUCGAAUAUUUUCCAUAUACGAAGACAAAUCAAAGUCAAAGAAUGCUACGAUAUGUAGAAUGCCCUACAGAACAGGGACUCGGUGAACUCAAAUUCAAACAUAAGCCUCAGAUCAAAACCGUGUACAACCCAGCGAUUUGGACAAAAGAGAGGUUGGCGGAAAAGUGUAACGAGGCAUUCGAGAAUGCUUUGAGAGGAAACAAAAGUGGAAAGGUCUACGAGAAAAAGACGCGGUGGAGCGGUCCCUUUAAUGAUGAAUAUGACGAGAAAACAUACUGGAUUGAAGGGUUUUACAAAAGUAUUAAUGAUGAAAAGAAAAUCUCUACGUUUAACUUCGUCCAUCCAGAUACCCUCAAGAAGAACCGGGAACAUAAAGACACUACGUUUUAAACCCAGUUCAUCUAAGACAACUAAAGCUAUACCAUGGAUGUCAGCUCCCCCUUUAUGUACAUUUACAAGAGAAGCCAGGCUUCAUCUUUCAAAGGAAACGCCAGUUGUUUUGCCUACACAACAACUAAGACAAUCAAUAUUACUUUGAACUUUUGAAACAAUAAGAAUAUGUCUGAAUCACACUUUAAGAAAAAAAUAAAUUCUGUGAAGAACGGCACUACAUACAUAUAUGAGCUUUCCGAUGUACGUUGAUGUGUGAUUAAUUGUCGACUCAUCGUUAUAUGUUGAGCUCUGAGUGUGGAAUGUAUUGCACUAAGUGAAUUUAGCACCAGUUUUGUAAAACUAAAAUAUGGUCACAAUAUUUAUGUAUGGUAAUUCACUUAUAAAAUGUCAUACAUGAACCCAUAGUGAAUGCAGUUGUAUCGGAUACGUCCAUAUCUUAUUUAGCAAUAGACAAAAGAGUGUUAAUUAAGAAACUUUAGCAUAUGUUGACUGUGUGAUUUCAGAUUGAAACAUGUGAUUCAAGUAUGUUACAAUAGUAUGCACCUACCAAAUACCCUCUGUGUUGUGAAAUUCUUCAUGUAACACGGUAUUAUUUUCAUUAA